CCAUCAAUUAUACAGAUCAGGUCUGUCUAUGAUGGCGAAGAGCAUGGUCGUUUCAUGGAAAAGCUGGAAGCCCGAAUUCGAAACCACGACCGAGAGAUUGAGAAAAUGUGCAACUUCCAUUACCAGGGCUUUGUAGAUUCUAUCACGGAGCUCCUGAAAGUUAGGGGAGAAGCCCAGAAGCUUAAGCAUCAAGUGACAGACACGAAUAGAAAACUGCAGAGUGAAGGGAAGGAAUUGGUAGUAGCAAUGGAAGAGCUGAAACAAUGUCGACUACAACAGAGAAAUAUUUCUGCUACCGUCGAUAAACUAACAUUGUGUCUUCCUGUUCUGGAGAUGUACAGCAAACUCAGAGAGCAAAUGACUUCUAAAAGACAUUACCCUGCGUUGAAGACAUUAGAGCACCUUGAGCAUACGUACCUGCCACAGGUGAGCCACUACCGCUUCUGCAAGAUCAUGGUGGAUAAUAUCCCUAAACUACGUGAAGAGAUAAAAGACGUUUCCAUGUCAGAUCUCAAAGACUUCCUGGAGAGUAUUCGUAAGCACUCUGACAAGAUUGGAGAGACGGCAAUGAAACAGGAGGGAGACCAAUGCUAUAAAAAGGAAGGACAAACUCCCCCAAGCACCUCUGUCUCUUUCUCUCCCAUUGAUUUGCUGCACCUGAAGGGACAAAGUAACCAAUCGUUAGAUUGGAGAAGGAGUCCAAACUGGCCAGUAAGACUGCUGAAAGCCUGUG